ACCAGCUACUCACCAGAAGAAAAUAAGCCUAAGAAUAACUAAAAUGGUUGCGGAAGAAACAAGGCGUCGAGAAGCCCUGCCAGUAACUCGAGACAGAUGUCAAAAGGCAAACACCACAGAAAGAAAUUUGGAAAGAACUUCUUUUGAUUCGCUCUUCUGGGUGGAAUAUUCCUCAACAGUUCAGAGGAUUGCAGUGUAUUCGUGGUACAUAUUCGAAGAGGCAGGUACUAUCCUAGACUUGAGGAUGUUUUCGUAGCUAUAGUUUUGAUUAUAAAUAGUAUUUUCGUGUUACACUGGGUAUGUUGAAAGAAGGAGAGCCUACUCUUGCGCAUGUACUAGCAACUAAAUACUGGACUAUAAACAAUAACAAUCUAUUAUUUUUUUUUUUUUUUUAUACUCCAACUACCACGAAGGCCUAAGGCCUAAGCACCCAUUGAGUACCGUGGGGCUAUGGGGGAUACAUGGGAAAGGGGGGACGCCACACGGACUCUGGCGAGGGAACACGUGUGCAUGCAACAUGCACACAUUCUGGCUCCGCCUACGAGAACCGCCGGGUGGUACCUCCGCGUUCGACAUUUCAGGUUCCAUAUCAAUGCCUUGAUACUAACGAUACUCCUAUAUGA